AUGGAUCAACAGCAGGAGGCUUCAUCAGCCCAAGGGUCACUCACGGGAGCUGACCGCAUCAGAGCUCUGAAAGAUGAAACUGCCAUCUUCACUGCAUUUGACACAUACCCGUGGUCAAAAGAUAAAAACUUUAUGUCUGGUCUCUACGCUAUUCUUGGCGAACCAGGCCAGCAAAACCCUCAAGCAUCUCUCGCAGACAUGGCCAUCCACGCCCGAAUAUUCUACUAUGCUCAGCGCAUUGGUGUCAACAUCGACUUCAGCGCCUACAAGGCGUGGCUUGCCAGUAAUCCUGACUAUCAACCCCCAGAUGUUCUGCCUGAGGAAUAUCGUCAGCGAGAUGCAGCCAAUGUUUCUCCAGUGCCAGCCCUAGACUGGCAGAAAGCUGCACCAAAGACAGAUCUAUACAUUGAUCGGAAAACCGCUGCUGCUCAGUCUGGCUCACAAGAUCAACCAAGUUACCCAAUGGGAUUUGCCGAAAUGAUUCAACUUAUCCAAGAAGGCAAGCCUGUGCCUGGCAUUCGCCAGAUCCCAAACACUGUUGUCAGAGAUCCUGCUGUGAAGCCAGUUGGAGCGAGAGCUGUUCCCAGAAAGCCGUGGGAAAAAGAUACCACAGUUGAAAUGCCUGCUCUCCCAGAUCUACCAAAAGCACUCGACACAGAAUUUCCCCCAGUACAGGACGAUGUACCUGUUUCUUCGGCAGCUGGGGCUUCUUAG